GUUUUAAACAAAUUAUUUCUGUUACUUUUUUCCUAUAUUAAAAGAAACAUGAGCAAGAUCUUGCUAAAAGACAUUGUGCAUUUAUAUAUGGGACCCUUUCCCCACUUCCCCCUCCACAAAUAUUCCAAAUCAUACAAUAUUACACUGCCAACACUCGGACAAAACUCCUUUUGCGCCGUCAGUCGUUCACUAGUCGUUCAUUCAUUCGUACGAAUUUUAUUUAUUCUAUGGACUUUUCGUACAACAAAACAAAGUAAACUUUUCUGAGUAGUGAAAUAGACGCAAAGGUAGCUUAUUUUUAAUUUGAAAUGUAUUUAAUGCACAUAAAUCUUGUAAAAUAAACAUUAAUAUACUAUAGGUAACUAAAGUAAACUUUAUCGUGAAAAUAUUUAAGGCGUUUUAAAUACGUCUACGUAAAUUGUUUAUAUUUACAAAGUACUGAGUGAAUUCCUGGUGCUGUGUUUAUAAAUUAGAUUUUUGGAAAUGUCUGGAAGAAUUUACUUCGUUGUGGCGGUAUUAUGUAUAGUGCCAAUAGUAUAUGCUUGCAACGAGGCGAUUUGUGCGAGUGUAGUAUCAAAAUGUAUGCUAACCCAGUCUUGUAAGUGUGACUUGAAAGAUUGCUCCUGUUGCAAAGACUGUUUCAACUGUCUCAGCUAUUUGUACAGCGAAUGUUGCAGUUGUGUUGAUAUGUGUCCAAAACCGAAUGAUACACAGACAGAGUUAUCAAAGACUUCAUAUGUGGAGGAAUUAGCCGAUGGUGUGCCUGGUCUCUUUGCUGCCCUCACCAGUGACCCGGACCCGCAGCAGAGAUGGCUGUCUAUCACCUACCCUGUAGAUAUCGACCUGUCGGCAUACAGAGCAGUCCCGGAAAAGACUGUGGUGUUCCAUUUACAAAGCGUUGAGCAGAGUCGAGCCGUGAACCACGUCUGGUAACGCUAACUGCACGUGGCCUACAUGUCGCAAUGCAUGUCUUGUACAAUGCCGGCGAGCUGCCGGUCCAUAGGGCUAUUUUAUACGAUAUGUUACAGGUGGUUCCACGACGGAUGCUGUGAAUGUGUUGGAGAUAAAUGCUUGUCUUACGGGAUCAACGAAAGCAGAUGCCUAGCGUGUCCCGGUGGCAAGGAGACUGCAGUCAACUCUCUUGAUGAGGACCUGACUUACGAUGACCUUGACUACGGCGAGGACGUGGAGACACAGUCUGUAUAAACCACAAAUAAUUAACCAUUAGACUGUUAGACUACGUAGUAUCAAAAUCAACUUUAUUACAAUGGGUUAGAGUCGAUAUUACUGUAUUCAAUAACGUUAUUUACAAUUGUUUUCUUAUAGAAGACGAAAACGAAUUGUUUUUACAGCUCUAUUUCAAGGUUAUAAAGUCGUAUUUUCCUUGAUUGUAACUAACUUACUGUCUACUUUUUAAUGUUGUCAGAUAAAACUUAUGCGAACAUUGCGAACUACAAAAUUGAGAAAUUAUAUUUGCAGUCUUAUUUGGAGGCACUAAAGUUGAUUUUUGCUAAUGGUCUCACUUUUCAAUUGUCUGUCCAUGUCUUGUCCACAUUCUUAUGUAGCCUAUUUAUUGGGGUUUAUAUAUUUUGCCUUAGUUAAUAUUAUACUCAGAACAUUGUAAUACAUAGAAAAAUCGAGAAUUAAUUAAUGUGUAUGUUUGUUUAUGUAUAAUAGUUUUAAAUAUUACUCAUUGGUAUAAUUCUACCACUCAAGAGCUUUAAUGCUGAAUAAAUUUAUUUGUAAUUUGACGCCAUUUCCUGUAUGGAAUGCUAGAAUAUGGAUAAUUCAAGAAUCUCUAUGAAUUAAAUAUAUUAUACACAAUACAUAAAUAAAAAGUAAACUUAAUAUUUGUCUACUUGCCUUAACUAAAGACGGAUUCCUAAUUAAUAACAAAAUCAAGAAAAAUGAAAGCACUGUUAAUAAAUAUUAAUCAUUAUUAUUAUUAGAUAUUCAUUUAAAAAAUAUCUAUCGGUCUGAAAAAUGCAACGAAAAAAAUUUAAUUAAAGCUCUUGUGGCGCCAUUACUCUUUUUAUCUGGUAGUUAAGUAAUAAGUCGUUAGUCAUAAUCUUUGAUGUAUUUCUUAGCUGUAAUACCUCUUAAAUGAAUUUCCAGUGUUAUUUAUACUUGCGCCUAUUUUAUAUGUUAUAGUUUAUUUUUAACUUAAGUGGCUGAACUAUCUGAAAGUUCCGCCAACAUCAACUGCUUUUAUGACUUCUGAUUGGUUGUAGAGACAACAUGGCGAAUAGAAGUACGUAGAUAUUUCAGCUAGAGGGCUUACCGUGAGCUUACAAAAGGUAAAAAAAGUGGGCAGUGGCGUAGCUUGGGUCACCGUCGCCCAGGGCUGAUUCACACCUUGGUGCCCAAAUUGGAAUCUAAAAAAGCUCGUUUAAUUUGUCACGAGCAUCGAAAUUUAAAAUGGUCAUUUGCCGACCUCCUGAUAGUGGCGCCCGGGGCGGUCCGACCCUCGGCCUCUCCCCCGUCGCUACGCCACUGAAAGUGGGUAAAAGUUCUAAAAGAGGUUUAUUAUAGGUCAAUAAUAUUGGGGGCCUACCGCCACGUCUUAAAGUAAUAUUGUUAUGAGUCACGCUGUCACGAUUCCAUAAAUAUGAUAAUAUUCUUGGACCUUCAAAAUCGAUAAAAAUAAAUCGGAGGAAACACGAAACUGAUUUAAAUAUUACUCUUUCACUCAGUCCUCUCUGAGAUACUAUUAAAUUCAAAAUUGGCAUAAUUAAUUGUAACAAUUUACGCCAAAAAUGAAUGAGACUCUUAAAGAUACUGUAAAAAGCUCAUGGGAAACUCUGAACGAGAUAUGUUGGCCUCAAAAAGGUUCUCAAUCCUUUCUCAGCAUUAUAUUCUUCCGUCCCUAACACUAAGUAGUAUAGUUGAACAAAUUAAUAAUGCCUGUGUAUACAACGUGUUAAAAUAGGGAUUAUGUCGCUUCGAAA